AUGUCGGGCGACUUGGCAAGGCUGGCAGACACCAUGCCAAACUUAGAUGAGCUCUGCCUGCAUCUGGCCUGGCGACGCAACUUGCUUAAGAUCUCUGCGCAGGUAUCUGAGGACGAGGAUGGCCCUCCCGAGGAGGUCACCACCGGCCUCGGCUCCCAGCAAGCACAAAACCAAGAUGCAAAUGAGGAGGCCGUGGAAGCACAUGCUCGCGCGCCCAAAGAGGAUGCUGGCGCAACUGCGAGAAAAGCUCAAAGGAAGAAAAAACGCGGUGACGUCACCGAAAGAGCAAAGUAUGUCUGGCAAGAACCUGCUAACCAGGAGCUUCUGCAAGCUCUGAAGAUGGAGCAGCAGGAGAAGCGCAAGAGCAACGCCCGUGCAACACAGGCGGAGAAGGAUGGCAUCACUUUGCUGCGAACUGAAGCCGCGCAGGCGGCCCAGGAACUGGAUGCCGUUGACUUCCUGAACAAGGUGUCACUGAUGUCAGUGAAGCCUGACCGGCAGAAGAUGCUCAGCAGCUCAGCAGCUGGCACUUGCAGGAGUUGUUUGGCAAUCGAAAGCGCCGAGCCGGUAAGAGGAGUGUCUCAGAUCGUUACGAUCGGAACGUGCUCGCCGGGUGCAGUCCCUGCCACAGUCAGCAUUCACUUAGUUUUGGCUGCAAAGAAUCCAGAACGCGAGGAAGGGGAGGGCGCUGUCUCCGGCGGCCCAGACGUGCAAGCGGAGAUUGUACAAACGAUCGAGGCUCAGGUCCUUCCCCCUCGGCAGGUGGCUCGUCUUAUCGAAAACGCGCGCAUCGACACUGAAUCCAAGGUAAAAAUGGAACUUAAACAGAUCCGCCAGACGAUGAUGGCGAUGGAUGAGCGUCUUGAUCAGCUUCUGGCACAUCUGGAUGGCCUGCAAACUCCAGAAUCCUCAGAGCCAGCUCUCACGGCUGAGGCGGUAGCCCAACUUCUCUCGAAAACCGAGCAGCAGUGGGGCCAGGAGAUCAGGACGUUAAAGCAGGAGCUGCACCAGACCAUCUUGGCGCACAACCACAACGCAGAUCUUAUAAAGCAUCACAAGGAUUCUAUAGAUGCACUUCGUGAGCGAUGCGGCAAGAUGCAGGGCAAUUCGACGAAAACUGCUGAGAUCCAGCUGCAGCUGAGACAGCUGGACGCGAGACUUAAGCAGCAGCAGAAGCAACGGAAGUUGGAUCCGCUAUUCGAAAGGUUGUCAGCCCUGGAACUGAAAGUUGCGACGGGCGCUCAAUCUGGUGCUUGGGGUGCCUUCCCGCGACCACCAGUGGCUCUACCUCCUGGCAUUUCAGCUCCGCCGGGUAUCGGCAUCGAGGCAGUCGCGCCUGGCCUGCAGACUACCACGAAGGAUCGCGACCUGACCCCCGCGAUCCCUGCGACUGUCGCCGCAGGCGACGCUGACGGCUGCGCGACAUCGCAGGUUGGGGGCCAAUGA